UCAACUUAGUCAGGUGUUGCGAAAUUGCUGAAAACGUAACACAGUCGCCCCACUGCUUACACGAUACAUCUCCCAGGGGCUGAAAGGACCAUCAGUAUUGUACACGCGAUGGCUCGUGCAAGAUGUUUUGCGACCAUCCCUGGCCCUAGGCCACUACCUUUAUUGGGUAACUCCUGGCGAUUCGCUAUCGGACAAAAGCCGUGGAGAACUCGCAAUUUGGACAUUACGUUGUGGAAUUUAAGGGCAUUAGCUGGAGCAGGCGGCGCUGCUAAAGUUGCAAAACUCUUCGGACAUCCGGAUUUAGUAUUUCCAUUUUGUGCCGAGGAGACUGCCAAAAUUUACAGACGCGAGGAUGCUUUGCCGCAUAGAGCGGUCGCCCCUUGCCUUAGACAUUAUAAACAGGAAUUGCGAAAGGAAUUCUUCGGCGAUGAGCCUGGCUUAAUAGGCGUGCACGGUAUGCCAUGGUCGAAGUUUAGAUCUAAAGUGUCGAAAGCUUUGGUGGCACCAGAAGCAGCGAGGGCGGCUGUGCCGUCGCUUGAAGGCGUUGCAAUAGACUUUCUUAACAGAAUGGAAAACAUUUUAGACGAGAAUAUGGAAAUGCCGAAAGACUUUCUUAUGGAAUUGUACAAAUGGGCGCUUGAAUCCGUAGGCGCAUGGGCUUUAGGAACAAGACUAGGAUGUUUGAAAGAUAACAACGAAGACGCUAAGGAAAUAAUCAAAAGCAUACACGGAUUCUUCCACAGUGUUCCAGAACUAGAAUUAUCCGCUCCUCUGUGGAGAAUUUAUUCUACACCAGCUUACAAGAAUUAUGUUAACGCAUUGGACUCAUUUAGAAGUCUAUGUUUAAAGAGACUUACUAACAAUGGAGUGUGUGCUGAAAUAGCAAAGAAAUCAGGAGAAAAAGUAGCAACUAUAUUAGCUUUAGAUUUGUUACUGGUAGGUGUUGAUACGACCGCAGCGGCCGCCGCUAGCACAAUGUAUUUGCUGGCCAAAAAUAGUAGAGCACAAGUCAAGUUACAAAAGGAACUGGACACGAACCUUCCCAUGGCCAGAACACUUAACAGCAAAGAUCUGGAUCAGUUACCAUAUUUACGGGCUUGCAUCAAAGAAGCUUUGCGAAUGAAACCGGUAAUCUUGGGGAAUGGUCGUUCCAUACAAUCAGAUGCUAUUGUAUCUGGAUAUCAAGUACCUAAAGGGUCACACAUAGUCUUUCCCCACUACAUUAUGUCAAACGAGGAGAGAUACUUCCCAUCGCCACACGAAUAUGUACCCGAACGUUGGAUGAGAGACAAUAGCAACGAAAAUGUAGAGCCGGAGUUCGCCAAACAGUUUGCCAAAGGUUGUGGUCACACUACGCAAAUACGGGGGGAAUCAAACGGAUCAAUCUGCGAACAUGCAAAGGCAUUGUCGGUGUGUAACAAGCAAAAGGAAAUUGGAAUUCAUCCAUUUGCAUCGCUGCCAUUCGGUUUCGGGCGACGGAUGUGCAUAGGCAAGAGAUUCGCUGAAGCGGAAUUGCAGUUAUUGUUAGCGAAGAUAUUUCACAAAUACAAAGUGACUUGGAGAUAUCAAGAGCUAACAUACAGCGUAACACCGACUUACGUGCCAAACGAACCGUUAAAAUUUACACUCCACCACAGAAAACAGACUGAUUAACGAUAAAUUUUAACUUAAGAUUAAGAUAAAUUUUAAAACGAUUGUUUAUUUAUAUGGUGAAUGUACUGUACCAAAAAUAUUAUACUAUCAGCAGCUGUAUUUAACCAUGUUUUAUAACUCCACAGUGUGAGUUUUGUAUCUAUCUCUGCGUAACACGAUACUAUAGAUAGAGCCAGAUAAAGAAGAAUACAAAGCUUACACUGUCGAGUUAGAAAAAGAUCGUUCCAGACUGCACUGUAAACAAACCUCUUAUUGCAUUUUAAUAAAACGACCCUUUAAAAAAAGCAGUAAUUUAUAACUUCACUGUGAGUUUUAAAUUCACUUCUAUGUUUCUCUGUCCAACGCGAUACUGUAGAUAGAGACAGAUGGAGAUGAAUACGAAGCUCACACUGUCGAAUUAAAAAAAUAUCGCGUAAAACUGCGCUACGAACACACCUCUUUGCAUUUGUUGAACCUUUUCAUUUCAAAAUGAAUUUUCAUUUUUUGGAGAAACCAAGUUAUGUUUAUUAACCUACAUGAUAAUUAAUAUUAACCUAAAUGAUAAAUAAUAAACACAAUAAUUGAAACUCCCAAUAAAUUGAAAUUAAUUAUUGAAAUGCAACAACGGACAAAAGGAUUUCACUAAAAUAUAAAUUUUGAUUCCAUAAUUUGCAUGCAUUUAAUGGGUUUAAAUGCAAUAAUUAUGAAACACAAAUUGUUAUAAUUUCGAUCGGACCUAUUGUAAUAAUGUAAAUUGCUAAUUGAUGAUUUUAAUAAAAGUUAUUAUGUGUGUUUUAUUCAUAUUAAGAUCACCACACCGUCCAUCUAUUAUAACAUCAACACAUCACAUCGUACCGU